AUGCCGAAAGACGACCCCGAGACGACCGCCCUGAAGAAAGAGCUGACGGAUCUGAUAGCCAAAGUCAAGGCGGCGCAAGAGAAGGUGGCCGACGCCAAACUAGCCGAGAAGUGCGGCGAUCUUGGUGAUGUCCCCAAGAUACGCUUCGUGACGAAGAAGACCCUUAAAGGUCACAUCAACAAGGUCAACUCCGUCCACUAUAGCGGUGACUCUAGGCACUGCGUCACCGGCUCCCUGGACGGUAAGCUCAUUAUUUGGGACACUUGGAGCGGGAAUAAGGUCCAGGUCAUCCCCCUACGCUCCGCCUGGGUGAUGAGCGUCGCCUUCGCACCUUCGGGAAACUUCGUUGCGUGCGGGGGCAUGGACAACAUGUGCACGGUUUACGACGUGAACAACAGAGACGCUACGGGUGCCGCGAAGAUGGUUCGCGAACUGGCCGGUUAUGAGGGCUUCCUGAGCUCGUGCCGGUUCCUCGACGACACCCACAUCCUCACCGGCUCCGGCGACAUGAAGAUCUGCGUUUGGGAUUUGGAGGCCGGCAAAAGGGAGAUGGACUUCAACGCACACGCGGGCGACGUAGUCAGCAUCUCGUUGGGACCGGAAAUGAAGACCUACGUCACCGGCUCCGUGGACCGCACGUGCAAACUGUGGGACGUCAGGGACGAGAAGGCGAAUCAGACGUUCUUCGGCCACGAGGCAGACGUGAACAGCGUCUGUUACCACCCGAGCGGGCAGGCGUUCGCCACCGCCUCCGAGGAUAAAACUGCGCGCCUCUUCGACAUACGCAGCGACCAGCAACUCGGCCACUACACGCCACCGGGAAACAGUGGAUUCACCAGUUGUGCCCUGUCGCUGAGCGGGAGGUAUCUCCUGGCCGGUUCGGACGACAACGCCGUCCACUCCUGGGACACGCUGAAAGUCGCCCACACAGGAACCCUUAACGCUCACGAGAACCGGGUGACCUCCAUAUCCGUGGCACCGAACGGCAUAGCAAUGGCUAGUUGCUCUUGGGAUCAAAGCGUGAGGGUCUGGGGC